AUGGGAGAGAGCAGAGAGCCCGGUGAAGGAGAGCCCGUAGGAGACCCCAGAGAAGACCCCAGGGAAGACCCCAGAGAAGACCCCAGAGAAGACCCCAGAGAAGACCCCAGAGAAGACCCCAGAGAAGACCCCAGAGAAGACCCCAGAGAAGACCCCAGAGAAGACCCCAGUGGAGCAGAGCAUCCUCUCCUGAACGAGCUGAAGGUUCUGAUAAAAGCAGAGAGCCCUCCCCCAGGGCCAGGGCCAGGGCCAGGAGCAGAGGUGGUGCAGCAAGAGGAGGUUCCUGUGCAAAAAAAGCCCGUGCGUCACGCAGAGGCUCUGGGGACGAUGGCCGACAGGAGGAUGAGUGGGAGCCGAGUGAGAUGCCCUUCACAGGAACUCCUGGACCUCAGGGACCUGCUGCGGAGCUGGAUUCGUCUGAUCCAGCUGACUUUCUGGAGCUCUUCCUGA